GCAGGUGCCUACAGAACUACAUCCCUGCUCAGAGCCUGUCCCUCUCGUGCCCCGUGUGCCGCCAGACCUCGAUCCUGCCGGAGCGAGGGGUGCCCGCGCUGCAGAACAACUUCUUCAUCACCAACCUGAUGGAGGUGCUGCAGCGGGACCCCGACAGCGCCGCCCCGGGCCCUGCCCCCGGCUCCGGGCCCCUGGGCACUGCCCCCGCGCCGCCGCUCUGCUGCCCCAACCACCACGGAGAGGUGAUGGAGUUCUAUUGUGAGCCGUGCGAGACCGCCGUGUGCCGCGAGUGCACCGAGGGCGAGCACCGCGAGCACGGCACCGCGCCCCUGCGCGACGCCGUCGAGCACCACAAGGCGGCGCUGCAGAGACAGCUCGACGCCGUCCGCAGCAGGCUCCCGCAGCUGGCGGCGGCCGCGGCGCUGGUGUCGGACAUCAGCCAGCAGCUGCUGCAGCGCCGGGACGAGGCCGCGGCCGAGAUCGGCGGCACCUUCGAGGAGCUGGAGGCGGCGCUGCGGCAGCGGCGGGGGCUGCUCCUGCGAGACCUGGAGGCGGCCUGCGGGGCCAAGCACCGGGUGCUGCAGGCGCAGCUGGAGGCGCUGCGCCAGGGCCAGGAGAGCAUCCUGAGCAGCUGCGCGUUCACGGAGCAGGCGCUGCGCCACGGCACGGCCCCCGAGGUGCUGCUGGUGCAGAAGCAGAUGAGCGAGCGGCUGCGGGACCUGGCGGCGCGCGACUUCCCCGAGCACCCGCAGCAGAACGCGCAGCUCGACUACCUGGUGGAGACGGACGGGCUGCGCAAGUCCAUCCUCAACCUGGGUGCGCUGGUCACCACCAGCGCCACCGCGCACCACACGGUGGCCACGGGCGAGGGGCUGCGGCACGCCGUGGUGGGGCAGCCCGCCUCCCUCAGCGUCACCACCAAGGACAAGGACGGCGAGCUGGUGCGCAGCGGCAGCGCCCGGCUCCGCUUCCAGGUGACCGCGCCGGACGGGGCCGCGGCCGAGGCCGAGGUGCAGGACAACAAGAACGGCACCUACGAGCUGCAGUACACGCCGCGCGCCGAGGGCGACUUCCUGCUCUCCAUCCUGCUCUACGGGCAGCCCAUCCGCGGCAGCCCCUUCCGCGCCCGCGCCGUCAAGGCCUCCGACGUGCCGCCCUCGCCCGACGACGUCAAGCGCCGCGUGAAGUCUCCCAGCAGCGCGGGGCACAUCCGGCAGAAGGCCGUGCGCAGGCCCUCCAGCAUGUACAGCACCGGCAAGAAGAAGGAGAACCCCAUCGAGGACGAGCUCAUCUUCCGUGUGGGAAGCCGAGGCCGGGAGAAGGGCGAGUUUACCAACCUCCAGGGCAUCUCCACUUCCUCCAGUGGCCGCAUCGUGGUGGCCGACAGCAAUAACCAGUGUGUGCAGGUGUUUUCCAACGAGGGUCAGUUCCGGCUGCGCUUCGGGGUGCGGGGCCGCUCUCCCGGUCAGCUCCAGCGCCCCACCGGUGUCACCGUCGACAUGAACGGGGACAUCAUCAUCGCCGACUACGACAACCGCUGGGUCAGCAUCUUCUCCCCCGAGGGCAAGUUCAAGACCAAGCUGGGUGCCGGGCGGCUGAUGGGCCCCAAGGGCGUUGCGGUGGAUCGCAACGGGCACAUCAUCGUGGUGGACAACAAGGCCUGCUGCGUCUUCAUCUUCCAGUCCAACGGCAAACUGGUCACCAAGUUCGGCAGCCGUGGCACAGCCGAGCGGCAGUUCGCAGGGCCCCACUUUGUGGCCGUCAACAACAAGAAUGAGAUCGUGGUGACCGACUUCCACAACCACUCUGUGAAGGUUUACAGCGCAGAUGGCGAGUUCCUGUUCAAGUUUGGCUCUCACGGGGAGGGCAAUGGCCAGUUCAACGCCCCCACCGGGGUGGCCGUGGAUGCCAACGGCAACAUCAUCGUGGCCGACUGGGGCAACAGCCGCAUCCAGGUGUUUGACUCCUCGGGCUCCUUCCUGUCCUACAUCAACACAGCCGCGGAUCCUCUGUACGGGCCGCAGGGCCUGGCCCUCACCUCCGAUGGCCACGUCGUGGUGGCAGACUCGGGCAACCAUUGCUUCAAGGCCUAUCGCUACCUGCAGUAGCACCGCGGCACAGGCUGGGGCCGCCCCAUGGCACGGGCUGGGGCCGCCCCAUGGCACGGGCUGGGGCUGCCCCACAGAUGCCGCCCCGGCCUUCACGUGCACUUUAUCUGGGGUCCACGGUCGUGCCCCUCCUCCUGCCCCAUGGCAGGGCCACAGCCCCACAACUGGGGGACCUGGGGGGGGCUGAGGGAGCCGCUGCUGGGGGCUAAGGGGCGGCCGUGGGUUGCCCCAUGGGAGCUGCCCCCCGUGGCUUGAGCCCCACAUGUGGGGCGACCACACGUGCCUGCUGCCCCACGGUGGGGUUCUGUGGGUCCUGGUGGGGCUUGGUGAAGCCCUGUGGGGCCGAGUGGGGCCUGGUGGGUCCAUGUGGGGCUCUAUGGGGUCGGUGGAUCUCUAUGGGGCUUGGUGGGGCUCUGUGGGUCUCUAUGGGGCUCUGUGGGUCUCCAUGGGGCUCUGUGGGUCUCUAUGGGGCUCUGUGGGGCAGCCGCACGCUGACAAACUCUAUGUACAAAAUAAAGUAUUCUGGAAGUA